ACCUGUAACGUGAUCUGUACGUGCCCGUUUUACGUACGUUGACCGGUCAAAACAAGCCAGCGGUCACGUUACGUAAAGGCACCGUUUCAGCAGGCAUUUAAACCACAAAGCUGCCGAGCUCCGUCGGGAAACUUUUCCUCUGCCCCUACAGCAGCGUGUGUGCAUCCACACUGCGCGGCACAGCUCGCACCGUAAAGACAUGUCCUCCAACAACAACACCGCGCGCUUUAGCGAAGCGAGAAGGGUCGCUAUCUUCGGAGGGACGCACGGGAACGAGAUGUCAGGUGUGACACUUGUCAAUCUCUGGGUGAAGAACAGCGCCGAGAUACAGAGGAAAGGAGUCGAGACCAAACCGUUCGUCGCCAACCCAAAGGCUGUGGAGAAGUGCAGCAGAUAUGUGGACACGGAUCUGAACCGAGCUUUCACCCCGGAAAACCUCAGUGCCUCAGGAGGUGAUGAGCUGCCCUACGAGGUGCGGAGAGCCCAGGAGAUCAACAGGAUAUUUGGGCCUAAAGGAAGCCCAGAGGCCUACGAUGUCAUCUUUGACCUCCACAACACCACAUCCAACAUGGGCUGCACUCUGAUUUUAGAAAGCUCCAAGGAUCACUUCAAUCUGCAGAUGAUGAAUUACAUAAAGAAAGCCAUCGCCCCCGCUAGUUGUCUCGUUCUGCUAAACGAACACCCUCUCCUGAAAUAUUCCACUUCACGCUCUGUAGCCAAGCACCCUGUUGGUCUGGAAGUGGGUCCCCAGCCUCAAGGUGUUUUGAGGAGUAAUAUCUUUGAAGCCAUGAGAGUAAUACUGAAACAUGCCCUGGAUUUCAUCGAACUCUUUAACGAAGGCAUGGAAUUCCCUCCCUGCACAGUGGAAGUCUUUCGGGUCUCCGAGAGGAUCGACUAUCCCAGAGAUGCCAACGGAAACAUCAUCGCUAUGGUUCACCCCAACCUGCAGGACUGUGACUGGGAGCCGCUGAACCCCGGCGACCCAAUGUUCCAAACGUUUGACGGAAAGACCAUCCACUACCAAGGCUCCGGGACUGUCUACCCCACUUUUAUUAAUGAGGCAGCAUAUUAUGAGAAACAACAGGCAUUUGUGACCACCAGACGAGAAACCUUGGCUGCAAGUGCCAUCAGAAAAGCAUGAAAAGUGCUGCGUAAGGCUAACAGAAGUUUUGAUUGUGUUAGCCACAGCAGAAAUCUACGUGUAGAUUUUGCACUUUGCUUUGCUAGCAAAUGACAAACUCUGAGCAUAACAACUAGAUACCAUCUUUUACACUCUGUUUUAGUUUUUUUUUUUUUUUUAUGCGUUUACUAUCAGAAAAAUUAACUAUGCAAAGAAUAUUUGUGGAAGCUUUGCAAAGAGUCACUGUGACCGUCUUUGAUCUGAAGACUGUAUUGUUGUGUUAAGUAUUUAUACUUUUUUUUAUGUAUUUACAUUAAAUCAGCUGAUCUUUUAUAAUAUUAAAUACCAGGCCUAGUCAUUAAUAGCUUGUAAACCAUUCUCAACACUUUUAUUUAGUCUCUUACUACUGCUCAGGAAGGCCCUAGAGGAUUAUAACCUGCAACUUUUGACCCAAAACUGUUGUCGUCUCCUUCUGGAAAUAUAUUUGUGACAUCUUAUGGGGUGUGUUGUGUGGCCUUUGAUACUACCUACCUGUAACUCCAGUGGUUGCAUCUGUGGUGCUGUCCUAUCGUUGCCUUAAUUAAGGGUUUCUCAACUUGCACAAGAAAUUUGGAAAUUACAUGUUUAAUAAUAAGACAUUAUUUUGAUAAGAAAUAUUUCGUGUUCUUCUCCUCUACACAAAUUAGUGACAUUGUGAGACCUUUUGUAGUCUUAUAUAUGUGUCUAUUUUGAUAUACUUGUACUGUAUGUUUGAUUUCACGUGUUAUAUAAGACUUGUUAUAUAAUGAAAAACUGAUGUACUUUCUAAUGUUUUUACGUUUCGUGUGUCAAUAUGUGUCUUAAUGUGAGUCAUUUUUCAAUCAGUGAGCACCAUUUAUAUGAAUAGUUAAGUACUGUGGAAAUCAUCCAUUCAAUAAAUGUAGUACUGCUCUGUA